CGCGGCGGGGGGAGGCGGUGUUGACGCAGGUGUCGGAGAGGCGUGGAGAGCCGUUAAAAGCCGCCGUCGUCUCCGAGACCCACACAGAAGCCCCCCAUCACCACCACCAUGCUGGCCUACGUUCUCCUCGGCCUUGCGGCCGUGUCUGCCGUCAGCGCAGACUGCAGUAUUAACAUGAACGGCGACCUGCCCAAGAGCAAGUCUCCCCUGUUCCUCGGCAGUAAGGGUUCUCUGCUGCUGCCCGAGCCCGAGGGUAAGAGCGGCGUGCUGAAGCUCUCCAGCGGCGAGGAAGUGACCCUCGCCUGCCCCGGCAACAAGAACGCGGUGUCCAAGGCCAAGGCGGCCGUGGUUUCCGCCACCUGCGACUCCGGCAACAAGCUGAAGGUGGGCGGCAAGGCUGUGUCCGUGUCCGACCUGGGCUGCUCCAAGACCGCCGCCUCCUCCCUCCGCGUCACCGACCAGUCCUGCGACGACGGCGGCGUCAUCCUGGAGCUCGGUUUCGAGGUGGCCGACGAGUGGGUCAAGCUCGUGGACGUGUGCCACCAGAUCGACGCCGGCAACACCCUGUGGGCCCACCACACCGUCCAGGGCGCCGCCCUUUCCGGCGCCGAGGUCGAGUCGAAGCGCCCCUCCUUCACCCGUGGUGACAAGGCUCUGUACAAGGGCUACAACCCCGACAACGCCUACAAGCAGGCCAACCACAAGAAGAUGCUCGAGACCGUCCUUGGCAAGAAGCAGGCCGCCAACCUCAUCGGCAACACCUUCAUCGCCCGCGGUCACCUCGCCCCCGACGCCGACUUCAUCUUCGGCUCGUGGCAGUUCCUCACCUACUUCUACGCCAACGUGGCUCCCCAGUGGCAGUCCAUCAACGCCGGCAACUGGCUCGCCACCGAGAAGAACGUGCGCAAGAAGGCGAUCGAGCUCGGCCGCGACCUGACCGUGUACACCGGUACCGAGGGCGUGCUGACCAUCGACAGCGACAAGGGCGUCGCCACCCCUCUGUACCUGAACGACGACAACAAGCAGAUCCCCAUCCCCGACAACUUCUGGAAGGUGCUGUACGACGCCAAGACCAAGCAGGGUAUCGCCCUGGUCGGUUCCAACAACCCCCUGCUCGACUCCGAGAACAACCUGCUCUGCAAGAACAUCUGCGAGGCCAACGGCUGGCCCACCAUCCGCGACUACAGGAAGGGCCUCAUCUACUGCUGCAGCGUCUCCGACUUCCAGAAGGCCGUGCCCCACGCCCCCAAGCUGUCGGUCUCCGGCGUCCUGCAGGGACCCCAGUAAAAAGGUCCUUUCUGGGACGGAGGGGAAAGGAAUAAAGGCCGUGCAAUUA